AUGGCGUUAACAAACGACACGAAGAUGCCAACUGAUGAAGAACUAACGGUUCCUCAAGAGAUCACCCUAUCGACUCCUUGGCUUAAAGCAGUUUCACUUUACAUGGCAAAACACUGUGAAAAUGAGAUAAAUGAGUUCAUGCUACGUCGCAAAGAACUUCAGGAUCCCCGAAAGACUCUUAAGGAAGGAGCUAUUGUGACUGCUUGUGGUGUUGAAUUCCUCAAAUCCUUGAAGAAGUCGUGCUUUCAUGAAACCGAGAAGCUAGCCAAUUGUAUAGAUCAAGGGAGUAGCAAGCUGUACAUGAGCAAAUGUCAUGACGUCCAGAAAGUGUUGGAUGCAUGUGUGGAGGAAAAACUUCACGUUACUCGCCCGAAGUUGGGGUACUUCAGUAAGCUGCAUGUUCACGAAAGUCCUCAUCCACCACCAGAAACGAAAGUACGUGAUUACAAAGCCGAAGCAGCGAAGGUACUAGCCGAGUUGCCGGAUGAUUAUCAUUUUCGUAAGGAUUACAGAAAGUAUAAUGACUGGAGAUGUAAUAUUGUAGAGAGUUAG